GUCCAACCUUCCUUCGUCGUCCAACCUUCCUUCGUCGUCCCGAAGCGGGCCAUCAACAACUCCAAACGAGGCAGAUCGAGCAGCAGCGCAACAGCAAUCUCAAAGCAGCCCCUCACGUUCCACAACAACAGUGCCUCCGAGAUUCCCUUGUGACAGACAUCAUCAGCGAUACCCACACCGAAUCGAAUCCAUCAAUCCCAACUAUCUAACCAGAAGGUUGCGACAAGAGGACCUCCUGUACCUUACGACUGCCACUGAAGGCCGCCGAACACCUCUCAACUCAUUUAUUUGAUUGCAUUCCAUCCAUCCACCUGCACCAAGUGAAGCUAAGCUGGCUAGAUUUACCGUACUGUCCCACUCACUUCCGCCAAUUCCUCAGUACACAACACAAUAGUCAAACCGUCAUCAUGGCAUUCAAUGAAGAUUCCUCAGGCUCUGGACACGAUGAACCGUGGAUACAGUGGUUCUGCGGUCUGAAAGGCCACGAAAUGUUUUGCGAAGUGGAACGAUCGUACAUUGAAGAUGGGUUUAAUCUUUAUGGACUGCGAGCGUGUGUCUCCAACUUUUCCGAUUGUCUCGAUCUCAUUCUCGAUCGAAUUGGACCCGAUGAUUCGGACGACUCCCAUUUGACACAGAGUGCUUGUACUCUCUAUGGUCUUAUACAUGCUCGAUAUAUCAUUACGGCUCAUGGACUCGAUGCCAUGUAUAAUAAGUACGCCGCCAAAGAAUUUGGCACUUGUCCACUGGCACAAUGUCAAGGACAACCCGUAUUACCGGUCGGACUCAAGGACGAAAUGGGCGCCGACACGGUCAAAAUCUUUUGUCCCAAAUGUCAAUGUGUCUAUCAUCCACCUCCCAUUCGAUCACGGAGUUCCAGUCAUCACGGAGCGGGGGCUGCCGGGGUCGAUGGGGCCGCCUUUGGGACUACUUUUCCACACUUGUUUCUCAUGACAUUUUCCAAUCUCGUGCCCGAUCCACUACCACCCAACUCGGCAUAUGUCCCACGCGUCUUUGGAUUCCGCGUACACAUGUCGGCACGGCAGAGGAAUACACCCGCUGGCACCGUCGCUGCAGCUCCCGAUACGAAUAAUAAUCCAAAGGCCAACAAUAGCAAGAGUCGAGUGUCCAUGCGAAAAUCAUCCUCUGCUGCAGUCGCAGCCGCCAAAAAAGAAGCCGCACCCACUGACGCGGCAGCUGCUGCCAAAAACUCACCACCCAACAAGGCGCCCAAUGCCAAAAACGACGAUGGAAGUGCCGCACCUUCCAUCAAAAGCGAAACCGCCGAUACGAGCAAACCAACCGCCGCCAAAUUAUCCUCCAAUAUUGCCCGCAAUAAUAAUAAUAAGACGGGAGGCAGCAACAAACGACGAUCUGAUGGAGAAGAGAGUGGACCAAAAGGAUGGAUUCUUGGUAGAUUCCAGCGCCGUCAAGAGGAGAAACGACAGGAUGGUUAUACUGUAUGA